AUGCUAAGAGACAAGUCUGUCUUCGUCGACGGUGGAGUGCAGCUAUAUCGCCAGGAUGAAACUACAUGGCUCGGUUUCAGCAAAUACAUCUUCGAGAUUGACAUGAGCGCUUCAUGGGACGCCACCACCAACCUCACUGAGAAGAGAAUAGGACGAUUCGGAAACUCGGCGAUGGACGCCAAUCCUCCAAAUAUGGCUAGAGGUGCCUUGUACCGAGGCCCUGCCAAAGAUCGACGGCUCUUCACCUUCGGAGGAUCCACCUUUCUGGCCAACCAAACUGACCCGGACUGGAAACCUCCUGAAUCAGACGAUUACUCCUUGUGGUCAUAUGACACUGAGACGAUGACAUGGGGCCAGUACAGGAUAAACUAUGCUGUUCCGAGACGUCCGAACUGGGGCGCAGCGACUGAAGCAAUCUCUACUGGAAUUGGAUUCUUCUUGAACGGCAUGGUCGAUCGAGGCUCGUCAUCCGUGAUGUACUCCAUGACGGAAUACAUAAACAAUACGCUAACACACGAGACGGAUAACCAAAUUACCUAUCUCGGAGGAUUGAUUAUCGUUGAUUUAACCACUACAAUCGCAAGAAAUGUAUCGACGGAUACGCUUGGUAGUCCCCGCGUUGCAGGCGGGUUGCUACAUUGCCCUGGGUUCGGCAAGACAAAAAAUGGUACUUUGCUGACGUUUGGAGGCAUGCGCAGUGGAAACGAAGAAAAUAACACGUUCAAUAACGGCAUUCUGGUACCAGACACCCACCCUGAUGGUGAGAUUGAUUUCGAUACUGUCUCUCUAUGUGACACGUUCAACGAAGACGACGUGAUUUGGGUCAACCAGUCCACUUCGGGGGAGACGCCUCCUCCACGCAUAGAUUUCUGCGUUCUUCCAGGCGUGAAAGCGGCAAAAGACAACUCCAGCUACAAUGUAUACAUAUAUGGAGGUUACGAUCCAACGCAAUCCAUCAUGUAUGACGACAUCUAUGUCCUAUCACUUCCGUCAUUCGUCUGGACGAAGGUCUAUUCCGGACAGAAUCCGAAGUUCGGCCACACAUGCCACAGUGCUGGCAAGCGGCAAAUGAUGACCGUAGGAGGAUCACUCGAUGCGAGCAUGUAUGCGGUAGAAACGACCGGCCAGAUUCCGAACCUCACAUCCAUGACAUGCGAUAAAUGGGGAGGCGUAGCCUUGUUCGAUUUGAGCAGUCUCACAUGGAGCUCGUUCUUCGAUGCACAUGCGCCAGAUUACCAGGUUCCAGGAAAAGUAGUGGAUGCAAUCGGUGGUUCGGGGAACGGAAGUGCCACCAUGACAGAACCAGUCGGCGGAUUUGCCAACGCUGCUCUUUUCACGAUGUUCCACCCCCCCCCUCCAACGAGCACCCUCCACCAACUGGUCUUCCGACGGUCCUACCGCACCACAAAACGAAGAAUAACGCUUACAUUGCUGGCAUCGUAA